GAAUCGCUCAAGUCUUCAACAGGAACCCCACCACCACAGCGUUGCCCGUACAUGAUUGAAGGGUCCGACUCUCUCAGUAUCAGCAACUCCGCCUCCAGUCUUUUUUUUCUACCUUUGGUCGUCACCUCUCCUCCCAGAUCACAACGUCACCAAAAGCCCGCUGCCACCAUGGAAGACUUUGGCAGCGAGUCGGAUAGUGAUUACACUAGCUAUUGGAGGGAUUGGUUCAUCGGCUCCAAGGGCAACGAAUACUUUUGCGAGAUCGAUGAGGAUUACCUGACAGACCGGUUCAACCUCACGGGCCUCAACACCGAGGUCUCCUACUAUCAAUAUGCUCUCGACCUCAUCACCGAUGUCUUUGACCUCGACUGCGACGAUGAUAUGCGCGAGACGAUAGAGAAGUCGGCACGGCAUCUCUACGGGCUGGUCCACGCGCGGUAUAUUGUCACAACGAGGGGUUUGAGCAAAAUGCUCGAGAAAUACAAAAAGGGCGACUUUGGCAAAUGCCCCCGCGUCCACUGCGGCUCGCACCCGCUGCUGCCGAUGGGCAUGUGCGACAUACCCAGCUCCAAGCCGGUCAAGCUCUACUGCGCGCGGUGCGAGGACAUAUACAACCCAAAGUCGUCACGGCACGCCGGCAUCGACGGCGCCUACUUUGGCACCUCGUUCCACAACAUCUUGUUUCAGGUCUACCCGGCCCUGAUGCCCGUCAAGUCGGCGGAGCGCUACGUCCCGCGCUGCUUUGGCUUCCGCGUCCAUGCGGCCGCCUCCCUGGUGCGGUGGCAGAGCGGAAAGCGCGAUGACAUGAGGCGGCGGCUGCGCAAGAUGGAAGUCGAGAGCGGUUUCAAGGACGGCGCGGACGACAUUGAGGACGAAGAGGAGGAGGAGGAAGAAGAAGAGGACGAUGACGGCAUGAAGCAGGAGGGCAUGGCGGUCGGCCUGGUGGACUCUGCUACAGUACCCGGCGAUAGCAUGAUGCAAGGUGUCUGAGGGGUAUUAAGAUAAUAUUUUAUGAUUUCACUUUUUUUUUUUAAACUUUAUUAGUCUUUUCUUUUUCUUUUCUUUUACUUUUAUUCUAACCUGGGAAAGGAGUUCCAAAGCCGAUGAAAGCAACCGUGGAGCAAUUUGGAGCAAGGGGGUCUGAAAGUUCAAAGAAUGAGCCCACGAAAUGAUUUCUUACAAUGGUUAGUCAAGGAUUUCAAGGGGGGCGUGGUUUCAAAGGGGAAAAAAACAUUAUCACAGCUAUUGGUCGAUACCCCAGUUCAGGGAGGCGUUUUUUGUUUUUUAAACACAAAAAAAUCCGGGAUUGGUCGCCUUUCUCCCACCCUCCCUUUUCUGUCUCCACUGAGCAAAGAGCGCACAGAAAAGUUUACCGCCAUCCGCGGGAACAAAGAAUGCGUUCAGGUGAUCUGAUGGGUCAAAGCAGAAGCUGCAUGUUCUUCUUAUUCUUUCUUCUCCGAAGCAGAGAAAAACUCGGCCACCCGCAUGAGAGGCCUUGGUAUGGGUUUGCCUUUUGGGUCAAACGAGCGCUCGGACGAGGCAAGUGUGCGCACGGUGAUCAGUAAUAAGCCUGAAGAAAGGAUCGAGCGAUCUUGAGCUCGCCACAAGGCAGUUUAUUAGCAGUCUGACAGGCUGGCAUCGCGCUCAGUAAGGGCUUCUUUUCAAGGCGCUAGGAGCGGAAGUGAUUUUUUUGGUUACUAGGCAUCCGCCCACUUGGACUUGGGUUGGGGGGGUUACAUACGCAACGAGUAUGACGCCCCGCG